UUCCAAGGAGACAGAAAGGAGAAGAAGAGGGCGCUUUGGGAGGGAAAGCAGGGGGAAGCAGAUGUGGAGAAAUUAACUAAUUAAAGGAAAGGCAGCAGAUGGGAAGGAUGAAAGAGGAAAGAUGAAAGUGGUGAAUUCCCUUGCAAGGCUGUAUGAUGGAAAGAAUGGGAAAGGAGAGAUCGUUGUGCACUACUAGACCCUUCCAAUGGCAGAACCACACAGAGGAUGAAGACCAGCCCUGGCUCUGGAAACUCUCAGACUGCUUCUCUUCCUUUGAACACAAACCCCCCCAUUUCACUGAGAAACCGAAGGAUUACAUGGAAAACAGGAAGCCUGUGUUGGAGCUGAAGGAUGUCCCCCCGCCACCACACCAUACCAGCUCCAAACCCUUUCCUGCUGCUCCUCUGCCUAAUCCCCCAUCCUGUUUUCAGUCACAACAGCAGGUGCCCCAGCAUAUGCAGCAGCAGGGGGCUGCUAACCCUAAAUCUGUCAGAGCUCCUGUUGUAGACACUGCAAAAGUCUGGCCAAAUAUCCCCCCUCCACCAACCCAGUCUGUCCCCGUCCCUAUUCCCAUGUGCAAUGGAUGUGGUAUCCCAGGCACUGCAACUGAUGGCUUGUUGCAUCUUGGAACAAGCCUUGGCAAAUCAGCUCAGAAAUAUGGUUCUCCUGACAGUGAGAAUUCGCCUCCUGUUGGUGUAUUCUGGGAUAUUGAGAAUUGCUCCGUGCCAAGUGGGCGCUCUGCAGUGGCAGUGGUGCAGAGAAUUCGGGAACAAUUCUUCCAGGGGCACCGUGAAGCUGAGUUCAUCUGCGUGUGUGAUAUCAGCAAAGAGAACAAAGAGGUCAUCCAGGAGCUCAACAACUGUCAGGUGACGGUUGCCCACAUCAAUGCCACUGCUAAGAAUGCUGCUGAUGACAAGCUGAGACAGAGCUUGCGACGAUUUGCUGACACGCACACUGCUCCUGCCACCGUAGUAUUGGUUUCAUCUGAUGUCAACUUUGCAUGUGAGCUGAGUGAUCUCCGGCACAGGCAUGGGUUUCAGGUUAUCCUCGUACACAAAAACCAGGCCUCUGAUGCUCUCCUGCAGCAUGCACAUCGCCACGUCACUUUUGAGGAACUUGUCUCUGACUUGCCACCCAGAGUACCGGGAAAAACCCAGCCCUGUCACACCCUGCUGUAUGUCUACAACCUCCCCACCCACCGGGAUGGGAAGACUGUCAGCUACAGGCUGCGGCGCCUGUCCGAUAACUGCGGGGGGAAGGUGCUGAGCAUCUCCUCGGGCAGCGCUGUCCUGCGUUUCAGCAGCCAGGAUGCAGCAGAGCGGGCCCGUAAGCGCAUGGAGAAUGAGGACGUCUUCGGGAACAAGAUCAGCAUCUCAUUUGCCCCCAGGGACAAGAAGCGGUCACAGGGGGAGGAGACGACAGCUAAAGCCCCCCCCUCCUCAUCCUUUUCCUCCCAGGCUGUGGAGAAACACAGAUCCCCUAAGCGUACAGGACGUACUGCCAGGCUGUGCCAGAGCAUCAGAGACCCUGUGGGUGAGCAGACCCCCAGCCCCAGGAAGGGGGCUCAGGCCAUCAACGGCUCAGCAAUGAAGAACAGCGUUCAGGUCAAAAGCCUGCAGGAGAUGUGCCUCAUGGAAUCAAAGCCCAAACUGAAUUAUACGCUUGACAGGAAAAGCCGAAAUGAGACCCCCUCCCCACAGAGUAAUGGCGAAACCACUUGCAUCACCUCCAUAGCCACCAAGAGUGUGGGCAUUGGGGAGUCCCCUUAUAGGGGCCGGAGAAGAGACUCCUUGACUCCUCGCAGUGUGACAGAUUCCCCUGUUGAGAAAGCUGAAAAAACUUCCAGUGACUUUUACGUCAGUACCCCUACAGCCUUCAGCAAGCUAAACCUGCAAAGAACCAUGAGCCCGCUGAUCCUUUCUCAAGGAUCCUGGUCUUCCCGCUCCAGGAGUGGAUCCCCCUGCCUUUCUAAUCGUUCCUCUCCGCUGACCGCACCUACCCAAAAUCCCAGCCCCUGCCCAGAAGCCACCCAGGGCUCCUUUACAAACGGAGUCGACAUUCAAGUGGCAAACUUGGAUUACAGAAUGUCUCGGAAGGAUCUGCAACAGAUCCUGCACGACACUUUCUCGAAGCACGGCAAGGUGAAGAAUGUGGAGCUGAGUCCUCACACAGACUACCAGCUGAGGGCUACAGUGCAGUUUGGUACUUUACAGGAAGCUAUUCAUGCAGUGAGCGGGCUGCACCGCUACAAGAUUGGUGGCAAACGUAUUCAGGUCUCCCUGGUCACUGGCAACAACAGCAGGACUCAUGCCCUCCUCCGUUCUGAAAUCAUCACUAUUCUGCAAGACGCCCCAGCCUGCUGCUUGCCCCUGUUUAAAUUCACUGAAAUUUAUGAGAAGAAAUUUGGGCACAAGCUGGGUGUGUCUGACCUGCACAAGCUAACAGACAUUGUGGCUGUGCGAGAUCAGGGAAACAGCAGGUUAGUGUGCCUGCUCCAUAGCAGUCAGGCACGACAGAGCCCACUGGGGUCUUCACAAUCGCAUGAUGGUUCAUCGGCCACCUGCAGCCCAGUGGUGUUUGAGGAGCUUGAAUACCACGAGCCAAUCUGCAAGCAGCACAGCACCUAUGAUUUCAGUGAGAGUGAGUUUGAUCCAGACUCCUAUAAAAUCCCCUUCGUUUUUUUGUCUGUGAAAACGUUUGCGUCCCAGGUGCACGGCCUGCUGCAGACACAUGAAGGAACUGUCCCAUUGCUCAGUUUCCCCGAGUGCUAUGCGUCAGAAUUCAGCCCUCUCAAGCUGGUGGAGGAGGGGGAAGGAGGUGUUCCUCUAGAGCACCUCAUCACUUGCAUCCCCGGCAUUAACAUUGUCACUGCUCAGAACGGCAUUAAGGUUGUGAAGUGGAUCCACAACAAGCCACCUCCACCUAAUGCAGCAGAUCCAUGGAUUCAACGCUGCAAGAGUCCAGUUGGGAAUCCCCAGCUGAUUCAGUUCAGCAGGGAGGUGGUCGACCUGAUGAAGAACCAGCCCUGUUGCAUCAUACCGAUCAGCAAUUUCAUACCCACUUACCACCACCACUUUGCCAAGCAGUGCCGUGUCUCUGACUAUGGCUACUCCAAGUUGCUCGAGUUGCUGGAGGCCGUGCCCCAUGUGCUUCAGAUCCUCGGGAUGGGUUCCAAGCGUCUGCUCACCCUGACACACCGGGCCCAUGUGAAGCGUUUCACCCAGGAUCUCCUGAAGCUUCUCAAAUCCCAAGCCAGCAAAGAAGUAGUCAUCCGGGACUUCAUGCAGGCCUAUCACUGGUGUUUCUCCAAAGACUGGGAUGUGACUGAAUAUGGGGUGUGUGAGCUGACAGAUUUGUUAGGAGAAAUUCCAGAUACUACAGUCUGUGUAACUCAAAAAGACAAUGACACGGUUAUCUCCAUUCCUAAAAGAGAACGCACCCAGGAGGAGGUGGAGAGGACGAAACAGUUUGCCAAGGAGGUGGUGGACCUCAUUCGCCACCAGCCUCACUUCCGCAUGCCCUUCAGCAAGUUCAUCCCUUCGUACCACCACCACUUCGGGCGUCAGUGCAAGCUGACCUAUUAUGGGUUCAGCAAACUGAUGGAACUCUUCGAAGCUAUCCCCGAGGUGCUUCUGGUGCUGGAGUGUGGGGAGGAGAAGAUCCUGACCCUGACUGAGGUGGAGAAGGUUAAAGCACUGGCUGCUCAGUUUGUGAAGCUGCUCCGAUCCCAGACGGACAACAGCAUACUGAUGAGUGACCUGCUGGCUGAGUAUGGCAAGACCUUCGGCUAUGGGUUGAGGCUGCAGGACUUUGAUGUCAGUUCGGUGCCGGCACUGUUGCAGAAACUGUGCCAUGUGGUAAAGAUGGUGGACUCUCCGACUGGCCGAGAGAUCCAGCUGAUAAACAGAAAGUCACUGCGCUCCCUCAGUACCCAGCUGCUGGUGCUUCUCAUGUCCCUGGAGAACCCUUCAAGCCAUCUCUGCAUCGACCAGCUCCUCACACAGUAUGAGGCAAUCCACGGCACCCUUCUCAACCCCUGCGAGUACGGCUUUGUGUCUGUCAGUGAGCUGCUCAAAAGCCUGCCCUACCUUGUUGAGGUGUUUGUGAGCGAGGAAGACGAUGUGCAGAAGGAGUGUGUGAGACUGACAGAGCUCUACCAGUUUGCCUGCAGUGUCAGGGCCUUGCUGCAUACCUACCACUACCAGCAGAUCUUCCUAAGUGAAUUUCAGAGUGCCUUCAGCAAGUACACAGGAAAGGGGCUACAGCAUCGUGCCUAUGGUUACAGCACAGUGGAGGAGCUUUUGGGAGCCAUCCCACAGGUGGUCUGGAUAAAAGGUCAUGGACACAAAAAGAUAAUCGUUCUGAAGAAUGACAUGAAAGUCCGUUCCAGUCCCUCUUGCCAUCCCACGGACAGUGAUUCUGUGCCUAAUGGUAGCAACCUUCAGGAGCCAGCAGAGAGCACAAGCAGCACGCCAAACCCUGGCCGCAGCCGCGCUGACUCAGAGCUGUUGUGUUUGAGCGGUGCUUCUCCUGUGGACCUGUUGUGUGGUCCGGUCCCGUCUUGUUUGCCCUCUCCCCAACUGCACCCCGACCCAGUCCUCUUGGAGCAUGCUGACCUC